AUGAACCAAAAUUCAGCAUUCGCACCAACAGACAGUGACGAUCAAUCUGUACAAUCUUCAGACCGUCGAAAUGUGCGACGAGGAUCAUCUCAUAGUCCACAACCUGAUAUAUCUUCUCAUAUGGAUAAUAGUGAGAGCAGUGCACGUGGUGAACGUAGUAGACGCAUUCAACGUAGUAGCUCAUCAUCAAGCACAUCUAGUACAGAAAGGAGUCGUGAUCGGAAACUUGGUGAUCGAGUUGAAGGUCCAGCAGUGGUAACUUCACAAGCACAACAACAAGCACCACCAGUACAACAAUCACCACCACAGCAACAACAAUAUAUACCUGAGGCUGGUAAAGUUCCUGUAGGAACUACAGUCGUAUCGCAUGGAGGAUUUACUGGUGGAGCACAGGUUAUAAACGGGGGUUCAUUUGGAACUAUUGGUGGUGGUGAACGAAGAAAAGGUCGUUUUCGACAAGAAUAUAUUCGAUUACCUGAUCAACACCAAGGACAUGUACGUCAAGUACGGCAUCGUUUGCCAACUCCUGAACCUGAUACAAUCGAACGAGUUUAUGUUCAACGUACAGCAGCUGAAAUCAUAGAAGAAAUUACAGAAAUUCCAACAACACCACCACCAAUUGUUAAAGAACGAAAUGUUGUUGAACCAGCUGGACCACCGCAAGUAGUUAAACGCACUAUUCGUGUACCACCAAGAGGUGGCGCCUACGGUGGUCAUUUUCAACAAGAAAGUGCUAAUGUGCAUUACAGCGAUAAUCUAUUGAGCGCAGGAGGUUAUAAAAAUACUCAACAGGUUGCUAGUAGUUACCAGCAACCUGAGGCUACCAAUUAUUCGAGUGGAUAUGGUGCAGCAGCAACCACUGCUAGUCCUAAUAGUACCAUGGGUAGCGGUUUUGGCUCUGUUGGUAGUGGUUUCGGUUCUGUUGGUAGUGGUUUUGGUUCUGUUGGUGGUGGAUUCGGCUCUGCUGGUGGUUUCGGUUCUUUUGGUGGUUUUGGCUCCGCUGGCAGCGGCUAUCAACAACAAGCACCUAUUAUGUUUAGUGUUGGUGGUAGUUCAUCUCAGCCUAUGCCAGGAAUUGGUUGUCAUCCUGCUUUCUGUUUUUAUAUUUGA